ACAGUACUAGGCCGUGUAUACACCACACAGCAGUUGAAGAGAACCCAAGGACAUAAUAUAGUCCCAAACACAAACACUCACACACUCAUAUACAAUCAAUUCACUUCUACUCAACAAUGAUUUGGCAUGAACGAAGUGAUAAUGUGUAGUGAUAAAGUUUUACGUUGGACACCCUGUAUAAUAGUGUUCUGUUACAGGGUGUUGUUAAAAAGACUGUUAAAACCUUGAGUAAGUGUUGAGUGUACUGUGCCUUGUAAAGAGUAAUAUAUUUGCAUUAGUGUCGUCAGCUAUAAAAGAGUAAGUGAAACAUUGAAAAUAAGUAUGAAUUCCCCUUAAGGUAUGAUGAAUGCGUUUAGUGGAGGAGGAGUCUGUUAAAUAAAACAAUUGUAUGAAUUAGAGUUGACCGGAAACCAAAAUGGCGGCGCUCCGGUCCCCGCGUGAUUCACUAAACACGCCAAAGAUGCUGAUGACGCCGAUAGUUAAAGACGACAUGUUGUCAACACCAACGUUGACGACGCCUCGGCCUUCUGAUUGGGGCCCGUUCUCUCCGGCUAAGCUGUCUAGUUGUUCUAGUUCUCCGGGUGUUGGGAGAGAACAUAGAGAUCCACCCUCAGAACUACCUCUAGACUCUAGUAUAGGUUUAAGUUCUCCUCAUGAUGGAAUACUGGCGAAACGACGAAAGUUAAAGCAACAAAAUAGUGGAGCCAGGAGUAUUGAAAGUGAUUCAAAUUCUUGUGAUACGCCAGACUCAAUGCCGAAAGAUCUUUCUAACCACGUAGAUCGAGUAGAUAGACAGGAUGAUAAUAGACCAACUGAUCUCAGUACUACGAAGCGAUCUAAGCUUUAUAUCCCAGGUGGACUGGGCCCUCCUGAUUCUGUGGAUUCUGUGCGGGAUCGGGUUGGAGCAGUAAAUAUUUCAAGUUCUAGUCCUAAACGGUUCAAACAUCCAAGAAGCUGUGAUUCAAGACUAGGGGACCUUCGCCACGUCGAAUUAAGAAAUUCAGAUUCGCGGUAUUCGGAUCUCAAGGUUAAAGAUGACAUUAACUACCAUCCUUCUCCACUUGCCGUUCCUUCACCAAAUUGGUCUACCAUCAAUGAUUUUAUGAGUGAAGGAUUAGCAUUAAAAACCCCAAAAGUUUUAGAUAAUUUUGUGUUUGAUGUUUUGCCUCCGAACACCCCAAAUACUCCCAAAAACCGGGACAAGUCCCCAGAACGGGUUUAUGACAGACAUUUUGAGCGCCGAAUAGAGGAUCGGCGAAGACCAGAGGCGAGGGUUUCCUUCGCGAAUCACCCGCCGCGGCCAACUAUUCUCACGCCGCCACCCCCUUACCCGCAGGAUCUCUCUCUUCGGUCGAAAGCCGAUGAAUCCAGUGCUGUGAAUCGAAAUCGAUCGAUCGAAGAAUUAAAGUCGCUGCGACACAAAUCUAUGGAAGAGAUGGUAUCUCGUCAGUAUGAGAUGUUGAUACCUAAACAGGAAGUUGAGGAAUGCUCACGUGCUGCCUCUGCUUCUCCUAGUCUACGUGCUGAGAGUGUUUCCCCCGGUCAUGGUGGGGGCGAAAUCAAAGAAGAGCCCCAGGAGUACUCUAGUAUACCCCCAGGAUUCCCUCCCUACUACCUACACCCAGGUAUAACCCCUGGACAGCUGUACAGGGAACCUGAAGGGGGGUUGAGACACCAUCCUUCCCCCCCGGCAACACCCCCUCUAGUUCCCAACAUACACACCUUCUACCAACAGCCUAGGGGGCAGUUCUACCCAACCUCGUUCAACAUGCGCCACCAGUCAAUGUUGUAUGAACAACAUCAGGGGCAACCGAACUAUCUGUGGGGCCAUCAGCAGGUGCAACAUCAACCCUCCUGGGGGUCUCAAGAAACGGGUUUGUAAAUAUUCUU